UAGUGGGCGGGCUUUCUCUGACAGGAGGAAGAAGGUUAGUGACUGGCAGCGGGAUCCAGCCCCGAAAGCCGGCUUGUCUUUCUGCUGCUUCCUUUAAAAAACACACCAGGAUCUAUGGCUACCAAAGGGAUGAACCUCUGCAAUGUCUGCUGCCUGCUUCUUUAUGCGAUCUCGGCUGUGCUUGCGGGGCGGGAUUUCUAUAAGAUUUUGGGAGUGAGCAAGUCUGCCUCAGUGAGGGACAUAAAGAAGGCCUACAGAAAGCUAGCUCUCCAGUUACAUCCUGACAGAAACCAGGACGACCCCAAAGCUCAGGAUAAAUUCGCAGACUUGGGGGCAGCUUAUGAGGUACUCUCAGACGAGGAGAAGAGGAAACAGUACGAUGCAUACGGAGAAGAUGGACUUAAAGAGGGUCACCACAGUUCACACAAUGAUAUCUUCUCCAGCUUCUUUGGAGACUUUGGGUUCAUGUUUGGAGGAAAUAGACAGCAGCAGGACAGGAACAUCCCCAGAGGAAAUGACAUCAUACUAGACCUGGAGGUCACGCUUGAAGAGGUGUACUCUGGGAACUUUGUGGAAGUUGUUCGUAAUAAGCCUGUGGCCAAAGAAGCUCCCGGAAAGAGGAAGUGCAACUGCAGACAGGAGAUGAGGACAACACAGCUUGGACCAGGACGCUUUCAAAUGACUCAGGAGAUGGUCUGUGACGAGUGUCCGAAUGUAAAGCUGGUAAAUGAAGAGAGAACGUUGGAGGUGGAGAUUGAACAAGGAGUAAGAGAUGAGAUGGAGUACCCAUUCAUUGGAGAAGGAGAGCCCCACAUCGAUGGAGAACCUGGAGAUCUACGAUUCAGAAUCAAAGUUUUAAAACAUCCUGUGUUUGAGCGCAGAGGAGACGACCUUUACACAAACGUCACCAUCUCCCUGGUGGAGGCGCUCGUCGGCUUUAAAAUGGACAUCGUACAUUUGGAUGGACACAAGGUCCAUAUAGAGAGAGAUAAGGUGACCAAGCCCGGUGCUCGGAUGUGGAAGAAAGGAGAAGGUCUACCAAACUUUGACAACAUCAACAUCAGAGGUUCCCUAAUCAUCACCUUCGAUGUGGAGUUUCCUCAGACACAGCUGGAUGAGCAGCAGAAAGACGGUAUCCGGGGCCUUCUGAAGCAGGGAUCAGUACAGAAAGUUUAUAAUGGAUUACAAGGAUACUGACACAGCACCAAACACAGCCUGGACUGACACAGACACACAUCAUCACUCAGCAGGAGGGCCAGGGUGUAUUUAUUGUUUUCAGAUUGUUCUCAGGACAGCUUGAAUCCACUUUAGUUUUUUAUUUUCUAAUGUUCUGCAGGUUGAUGACCGUGGCACAUUAAAUGCAGAAGUUUUAUUUAAAGUGAACAAAUGGAGAGGACGCCAUGUUUUGUUGUACUCCUUGUGUCCCUACUUUAUUUUCUAAUAAGGCCUUCUUUUGUUUUAAAAUAUUAAAUCACUUUUCUGGGAGAAGAGGAUGCUCUGACACUCGUAUGUCUGCUGAAUAUGGAGCUGCUGACCCCUGAAGAGAAGAAGAAUAUCUACAACCUUUUAAACAUGCGAAAGAAGAAGAGAACUUUGUCCUCUUUGGUCCUUUUGUUUCCUUAAUUUUAUGAAUGUAACAGCCCUGAAACAGUUCAUUUUCUCCUCUCAGAUUCAGAAAUAAUUUGUAAAUAGGGAAGAACAAAGCUCAUCACUGUGUUUCACUUUUCCUAAUUCAUGUGGCCUCUGUCAAUGCAGAAUUUCCCUUUUUCACUGUGACGAGAGUUGAUCUCUUGAAUAAACAGUGAGGAUUUGUUAUUUUGAAGAAGGAGGACCGUUUGCUCAUCUUCAUCAUAGCUGUAGAAAGUCUUGUUUCUCUUCCUCUGUUUUUCUUCACAUCUGACUGAAAGGGACUCCAGACCUGAGAUCUCAUCCUGUCGAUGGUUAUAAACGUGAUUUUAAUACUUCCCUCCUCUGUUUUUACUGUUGAAGCUGCCUCCAGAUUUUACCAGAGAGUCCUCAUGGCCUUAAAUGUGAAAUAUCCGGCCAUUUUUACUGAGUGUUUAAGGGGAAAAUGUACUUUGGACUGACAUGAAUAAAGGUUUCUACAAAU